AGGAGCUGGAUGUGGAAGGGGCGGCUGCAGGCGGCGGUCAGAGGCAUGUCUGGCGGGGCAGCCAUUGCGGGGCUUCGCAGGCAGCCGCCGCCGCGCCACUUGCGCUCGCGGGAGAAGCGCCUGGGUGCCGCCGGGGCCUCCGGGCGCAAUGGGCCGCGCACCGUCUUCCUGCAGGUGGUGGCUGCUGGCACGCGGGACGCGGGAGCCGCGCUCUACGUCUUUUCUGAGUUCAACCGAUAUCUUUUUAAUUGUGGAGAAGGAGUACAACGCCUUAUGCAAGAGCACAAGUUGAAGGUGGCUCGCCUAGACAACAUCUUCCUUACCAGAAUGAAUUGGGCCAAUGUUGGUGGUCUAUCUGGAAUGAUUCUUACCUUGAAAGAAACAGGAGUUCCAAAGUGCGUUCUUUCUGGACCACCACAACUGGAAAAGUAUCUGGAGGCAAUCAAAGUUUUUUCUGGCCCACUAAAAGGAAUAGAAUUAGCUGUGCGACCCCAUUCUGAUCCAGAAUAUGAGGAUGAAACCAUGACUGUCUAUCAGGUACCCUUGGUAGGAAAAAAGCCCUUAAAUAACAAAGGGGAGCUUUCGUCCUCUGAAUCAGCAUCACCAGCAGAUGGGACUGACCAAAUUCAUAACUCGGGACCAGAAUCUCCCUCUAGGGAACAACAGUAUCGAAGGGAUGACAGUUGUAAAACACCCCCUGAUAAAAUGGAUGGUAGCAGACAAGUUGGCCAAAGGGAUCCAUCUUUAGUUGUUGCAUUUAUUUGUAAGCUCCAUCCAAAGAAAGGGAACUUUCUAGUGCUUAAAGCAAAGGAUCUUGGCUUGCCUGUGGGCACAGCAGCAAUCGCCCCAAUCAUUGCAGCAGUGAAGGAUGGAAAGAGUGUCAUGUUUGAAGGCAAAGAGAUUUUGGCUGAAGAACUUUGCACCCCUCCAGACUCAGGUGCAGUCUUCAUUGUUGUGGAGUGUCCUCAUGAAGGCUUUGUAGAUGCAGUCUGUGAAAAUGCUACAUUGCGAGGAUAUCAAGAAGGCAAACAGAAUCCUGUGGCUUUGGUUGUCCACAUAACCCCAGAGCCUGUUUUACGGGACAGUCGGUAUAAGCAGUGGCUAGAAAGAUUUGGAGCUGAUACUCAGCACUUAAUUCUCAAUGAGAACUCCCACUCAGUGCACAAUCUCCGCAGCCACAAAAUUCAAACCCAGCUCAACCUCAUCCAUCCAGAGAUAUUCCCAUUACUCUCCAGCUACCAGAGCAAGAAAGAAGAAACCACAUUCAGUGUGCCUGUCAUGCGAGGAGAAUGCCUCCUCAAAUAUCAGCUGAGGCCCAAGCUAGAGUGGCAGAGAGAGAGUGUUACUGCUUACAAUUCUGCUGAGUUUGUAGCUGAAGCCUUGGAGCUGCCUGACUUCCAAGAGAAUGUGCAGAAGUGCCAAAAGAGCCUAAAAGGCAAACUGGCAUCAUCAGGAAAUACAGAUCAGUAUCCUGAAGUUGUAUUUUUAGGAACUGGCUCUGCAGUCCCAAUGAAAAUACGGAAUGUCAGCUCAACAUUGAUAAAUGUCAGUGCCACCCAGUCUCUGAUUCUAGAUUGUGGGGAAGGAACUUUUGGUCAGCUUUGCCGUCAUUAUGGAGAUGAUGUUGACAGAAUUCUGUGCAACAUCGCAGCUGUGUUUGUAUCUCAUAUACAUGCAGAUCACCAUACAGGCUUGUUGAAUAUCUUGUUGCAGAGACAUCGUGCAUUUAUGUACUGGGGUCGGCCCUACAGCCCACUGUUUCUGGUUGCUCCCACACAGAUCAUGACAUGGUUACAUCAAUACAAUGACCAUUGCCAACAAAUCCUAAGGCACAUUAAUAUGAUUCCUGCCCGGUUUUUAAUGGAAGGGUGCAAUGUCUUUAAGCCUAAAGCAAAGACAUUCAUCUGUUCGCUUAUGGAGAAAUAUGACUUUGCAAAGUUUCAGACAUGUGAAGUCAGGCAUUGUAAAAAUGCCUUUGCAUGUUCGGUGGUCCACAAAUCUGGAUGGAAAAUUGUCUAUUCUGGUGACACUAUGCCAUGUGAAGCUUUAGUUGAAAUGGGGAAAAAUGCUUCUCUGUUGAUUCACGAAGCUACGCUUGAAGAUGGCUUGGAAGAGGAGGCUAUAGAGAAGACACACAGCACUACCUCCCAAGCGAUUGAAGUUGGGAUGAAGAUGAAUGCAGAAUUCAUCAUGCUCAAUCACUUCAGCCAACGCUAUGCUAAAAUUCCUCUCUUCAGCGAGGAUUUCAAUGAAAAGGUUGGGAUUGCAUUUGAUCACAUGCAGGUGCGGUUUGGUGAUUUUGCAGCUAUUCCAAAACUGAUCCUGCCACUGAAAGCCUUGUUUGCAGAUGAGAUUGAGGAGAUGGAAGAGCGAAGGGAGAAACGAGAGCUGCGACUUCUUAAAGAGGCAAUAAAAGCCUCUGAGGCCCGAACUGCCAAAACAGAACUGGAACAUGGAGUGGAGCUUCGUGGAGCACCGAACAAAAAACUUAAAACUGCCAACUGAGCAAAGCCGCAAACAGCUGUCUUUGUGCCUUUCUUGCUGGGGUGAGAAUGACUUACAUAUGGCACGCAAUGUGUAUUGAAGAUUUCAGGAGGUGGCAUCAGCAUAUUUCAGCUUUGUCUGCUAUGGGGGGGCCCCCUGGAAGAUUACCUAAGCUGCUUCUGUUGAACUUAAUCCACGUUAACAAAAUGCACUUCCUGCCUAGAAACAAGAUCCAUCCUUGUUGCUCAUCUGCCUGUUUGCUGAAAAUAGUUUUUUAAAAAAUCUGACACAAGUGACGAGUAAUAAUUAAGGUUUAGACAAGGGGAAAUCAGGAUUACUUCUUAAGUACAUUUUAGGAGGCAAGUCUUUCACAGUAAAAGAGGAUGUAUUGUGUUUUAACUGUGCAUGCCUCUGGAAAAAUGUGGAAAUAUCUUGGAUUAAUCUUGCAGUAUUCCUCAGUACUUUGGUAUUUGCAGUGUAAUGCUGUAGGUGUUCCUUGUUGGCAUUUGUUUUUUAAAUUCAGGGAACCAGUAAAAGGAACUUAAGUGUGUUGUUUUGCCAAACUACACUUCAGUUACGACAAGUUUUUUAGUCUUUAGAAGCAUGAUUAUGAUAACCUCUUGGUUAUCAUCUUGAAGACACAAGGUAAGGCAAUUUUGCUGUAAUUAAGCAGGUGUGGUCUGCUGAGUGUUUAGAGGCAAGACUUACGGAGACCUCUAUGUACUUGAGCUCUAUGGUGGAAGAAAGUGGGAUAUAAAUGUAAUAACAUUUCCUGCCAUGUUAAUUAAAUAGAUAGCUAAUUUAUGGUUA